ACGUUUUAAUUAGUUGAAUGGUAAAUGUGUUUACUCAAAUAAAGGAUAAAAUUAAAAUUUAUAUAUAAAUAAUUGAAGGAUAAAAAGUGCAAUUAACCCUUAAGAAAGACUACUAUAUUAAGUUUCCUAUGUGAGCCAAAUUCGCCUACAUAAUUAUAAAUUGCCACUACAUAUCCUUCCGAAUAGUUACUUAGUCACCAAGGAAACCCAUAAUUGUCUUAUUACUCAUUUAUUAGAAGUACUAAAUAUAGUUAAGUCACACCUAUCAGUACACGGUACUAUCCAAAAAAAAAAACGCGUUAUUUGUACUCAUGUUGAUUUUAUUUCCCAAAAAACAAAAAAAUGAAAUGAAAUGGUUAAUCCCAAUUCGACUAGGAAAAGGAUUUGAACAAUAUAAAUACACCCACAGAACAAGAAGAACCUUCGACUAGUCCCAUUUGCAAAGCAGAAUACAAACCUUCCAAUCAGAUUUAACUUAUAAAUUAUACUUUUACGCGCAUGUCUUAAAUUCCCCAAAGGUGAUAUUUUUCCCUUAUAUUAUACUCCAUCUCUUUUAAUCUCUAAAUAAUAAUAGAAGAAACAACUGCCAACUUUGUAGUACUUAGUAUUCUCAAUUUAUUGUGUGCUAUAUUAUGUACUAUUGGCUUUAUGAUUAUCCUUAGUUUUUCUUUACAUGCUUUCUCUAACUAUUUUCCGAUUUAAGAAUUGGUUUCUUAGUCCAAUUUGCCUUGAAUCUCCAUUUUUGCAUAAAACACAAUAAUAAAACAGUCACAACAUAAGGUUAUUGUAACUAUUUGCCACUAUACAACUUUUGUUACAACUUCUCUUACAAAAAUAGCCCUUUAUAAUCUUUCUUACAUAAUUAUGGCUUCUUGUGCUAAGAGGAAACAGAAAAGAAGGCGUAAUGAAUCUGAUUCGAUCGAAGAUAUUUUGUUAAGGUGGAAAUUUUUUAACCAGGAACUUAAUUCUAGUAAUACUCAAGAUGAACAAGUGAAGAAGAAGAGAAAAUUCCCUGUUAAUAGAUCAAAAAAAGGUUGUAUGCGAGGUAAAGGCGGUCCUGAAAAUUCGGGUUGUAAAUACAGAGGUGUUAGACAGAGGACUUGGGGAAAGUGGGUGGCUGAAAUUCGCGAGCCUGUAUAUAGUAAUGGUCAGUAUAAGAGCAAUGGCAAGCGUCUUUGGCUUGGUACUUUCUCAACAGCUGGUGAAGCCGCUAUUGCUUAUGAUGAAGCUGCUAGCGUUAUGUAUGGAUCCUAUGCCAUACUCAACUUCCCGGAUUAUCGCGUACAUAAUGACUCGUUGACAUCUUCACAGGAAUCGAGUGAACAAUCGUUUGUUGAACAUGAGUAUUCAGGUGUUGAUGAUGCAAUGAACAUAGAAAUUGAGUCAGCUUUAGAUACGUUAGACGAUGGUGUGGUUGUAAAUACAGAUUUAAGUUAUGCUAAUAUAUCAGAGAUUCAUCAGGAGUGCUCCAAGGUGAAUCAAGGUUCACCUGCUUGUUGGUUGACAGAUGAGGAAUCAGAAGUUAUCCCGGAGGAGAAUUCUGAGAGAGAAUUAAGCAGUUCGAGAUUUUUUUCUAAAUCUCAAAAUUCUUGUGUUAAAGGUGAGACACAUAAUAAAGAUUUGGAACGUAUAAACUUCAACGAAGUUUCAAACAGUUUGCACGACGAGACAACAGAUGCGAUCAAGCCAACCUUCAUGUUUAGCAAGGAUGUCUUGCGACCUGAUGAAAUUUGUAAUACCGAAGACCAAGUUUUGUCACAAGAGAAUAUAUUGCAAGAAGAGCCGUUGGAUUUCAGGUCUUCUGAAAACCUGAGUGAAGAUGUUCGUAGCCAACUCAAAUACAUGGAGAUUUUGCUAUUAGAAGACAAUUAUUCAAUGAUACCUGAUAUGUUUUAUUUGACAGAGAACCAUGAUAAUCCUUACAGUUUUCAGAAGUUUUUAGAGGAAUCAUUUGAUUUCAAGCCAAUGGUGAUCCAUCAAGAGUCUGCUGAGCUAAACUAUGUGAAGAAUGAGGAGCAAUUUGAUUGUACAUGCAACCAGCAAAUUGACCUCCAGAACUCAGAAACUUAUUCCGAGAUUCAAUCAGAUGGAAUCAAUAGUAACCAGGCUGAUUGGAAGGAGCGGAACUUGGAUGCCUUCGAAUUAGAUGACUUUGGAGCAGGCAAAGUGCAAUUGUUGCAGCCAUCAAGUUCUUCAGUUAAUUGGCCACCGGAGGAUAAUAUCGGAGAUUUGUCUAUGUUCAACUCUGAUUUUGAUGUAUCAUCCUUUCUUGAUGAUAUUAGUUAGAAAAAUAAUACUGUUUCAAUUUAUCAUCCUUCUAAUUUAUUUCGAGUUGUAGUUUGCUGCAAUAGAGAAUAUAAAGUUUAUAGGUUAGAAUGCUUACCAUUCUUUUGUAACCUGAAAGCCAACUUUGUAUUGGCCAAAUAUGGUUUUCUCUCUAGAAUUCAAAUGGAAAAAAAAAAAAAAAAAAACAGAUUUUUGAUGUGGUAA